GCGUUCGGACGAAUUUAUUUAUGUUUUGGAUGAGUAGAAAAUAGAUUAACAUAUUUUGUUUAUAUUGUACACGCAUUUUUCACGGAAAACCCACCAAAAAGAAAGCAACAAUCAAACGCCAAAUGGACGAUCUCAAUCCCUUGGCUGGAACAGCGCAUCUGCUGGAGGAAGUGGAUAAGAAGCUAAUGGUUCUGCUUCGCGAUGGUCGAACAUUAAUUGGCUACUUGCGGUCCGUGGAUCAGUUUGCCAAUUUGGUUUUGCAGCGAACCAUUGAGCGAAUACACGUUGGCAACGAGUAUGGAGAUAUUCCGCGAGGUGUGUUCAUAAUACGAGGGGAGAACGUGGUGUUGCUGGGCGAGAUUGAUCGUGAAAAGGAACAGAAACUGCCGUUGAAAGAAAUCUCUGUUGAUGAAAUUUUAGACGCACAGCGUCGUGAACAAGAACAAAGACAGGAAAAGCAUCGUCUGGUGUCCAAAGCGCUCAAGGAACGCGGCUUGGCGGUCAAUGCGGAUAUCAUUAACGAGGACUUCUGCUAAGUGGUGGAGAGAAGGGAGGGGGCUUCAUAAAAAUUACCUAAAGUAAGCUUAAGAAUCAUUGAUUUUUGUCAGUUGUAUAUUUGUACUCCAUAAAAAUUUAUUUAAAAACUAUACAUAUGUCGCUAUGUAACCUGCUUAACCAUUGUGACCCGAUCCCGACGUCGUCGCUGACUCCUCCAGUAAUAUAUACUUCUCCAGUAUUUGAUACAUUUCAA